ACUACGCGCACGAAACGAAGAGUGCAACGGCCGCAUCCCUCGCGACGUUGCAUACACACUUGCGUAAAUUCCUCCUUCCCUGUUGCUCUUCCGCAACGCCACUGACGGUGCCAGCUCCACAGCUGGCCCUGUCCCUCCUAAUCCGACAAGAGCGGCAGCUGCUGUUAACCCCAGGAUCCACAUCGUCCACCUCACACCCUCCCAUCGCUCCCAGCACAGCUCUACAUGAGCUAGCUCGAGCUCCGGGACCACUCUACACAUCAUAACGCGUUUACCUUUCGGUUGUCGCAGCUAUCCUUACGGCCGACGAAUCGCUUUAAAGCCGAGAUGAAUCCAGCGCAUCGCGACGGGUGGCCGCCGCAGGCAUCGGUUUCUGGAUCGGGCCAGCAACAAACGGAAUCAGGCCAGGGACAAGCGCCGCGACCUCUCGGCGCGUUCGGGUCGAGCAAUGUUGCCCAGCAACAAGUUUCACAUGCAUCGCCAGCGCAAGGCACAGGCCCUGUUCUCCCACCACCAUCUGGAGCACCAUUCUACUCUUCAAAUUCAGGCCCGUCUGCCCAUAAUCAAAAUCUCCCAGCUCUCGCUGGUCUCACGGGACCCCCUCCCCACUCGUCCCCGCAUCAAUCCACGCAAAGACCACCUUCUUCAGAGUCAGGACCCAACGCACCAAGUCUUCAAGGAAAUCCACAAGGACCUCCGUACUCCCUACCGGGCAUCUCGCAGACGCUACAACAGCAACCACCAAUGCAAGCCUCUAAUCAAAUAAACCUUGAUAGAGAGCGAGAGCUUCGUGAACGGGAAACAAGAGAAAGAGAGAUGUUGGAAUCGCAUGCUGCACAACAAGAGGAGAUGGUGAAGAGGGAAGCAGAACAGCGAGAUAGGGAGUUGCGUGAACGGCAACAGCACGAACAGGCAGCUCACGAGAACCAUUCAGGCCCCAUCCAGAUUCACCAGCCUGUAGCAGUAGUCCCUUCUACGAGGACGAUUCAUGGCCCUAAUGGUCUUCUUGGACAAGCCGGGCCGAUGGGUGGUCCAAACAUCAACGCGGGACCGGCGAGCGGGCCAAAUGCGCCAGCCGGCAUGUUCGGUAAUCCCCCAGUCCCGCAAGGCGAUACCACGCCUAGGAUGCAACAUGCUGUUCAGCAACCACCGCAACCAUCGAUGCUAAUGCCUUUUGGCGGACCUCAAGGCCCUAUGGGAAUGGGUCAAGGGCAACAGCCAAUUCUUAAUGAUGCGCUAAGCUAUCUGGACCAGGUUAAAGUUCAGUUCGCUGAUCACCCCGAUGUGUACAAUCGAUUCUUAGACAUCAUGAAAGAUUUCAAGAGCAGCGCAAUUGAUACUCCCGGUGUCAUCGAGAGAGUCUCAAUGCUCUUCACCGGAAACCCGAAUUUGAUCCAGGGCUUCAAUACAUUCUUACCUCCCGGAUACAAGAUCGAAUGCGGUACGGGCGGAGAUCCAAAUGCUAUUCGAGUUACAACACCCAUGGGCUCAAGUAUCUCCACCAUGCCCGUUCCAAGGCCAUUCUCACCUCCUCGAAGUACGGCAGUCAAUGGGAAUGCUGCGCCUUUGAACGAAAGUCCUUACUAUGAGCCAGCUCAAAAUCGGCACUGGCAACAGCAAACGAGGAAUCAGCCUCCCGAAGCCCAGGAAGCAAUGUUCUCCCCUAAUAGUCGUGGCCUUGGUCAGCCACUGUUUGGACCGCCAGCCCAGGUCCCUGUCUCUCCGGAGCUCUCAAAUCGCCCACAUCCGGAUUCGGCUUCUUCUGCCGCUGUCCUAGCUCAUCAGCAAGAACAGAGGGGUGUCUCGCAGCUUCAAAAUGCAGUGUCUGCAGCUACUGGGCGGUCUGUACUCUCUCCUAGUGGUGAUAAUUCGACGCCUCUUCCAGGUCAGGCUAUAAAUGGAGCAAGCCAGGUCGCUCAAGUAGGUGGUAUGGGCGCUGAGAAACGCGGACCGGUUGAAUUCAAUCAUGCCAUUAGUUAUGUGAACAAGAUCAAGAAUCGGUUUUCAUCUCAGCCUGAUAUUUAUAAGCAGUUCUUGGAGAUCUUGCAGACAUAUCAGCGAGAGUCCAAACCUAUCCAGGAUGUCUAUGCUCAGGUCACCAGCUUGUUUAACUCUGCUCCUGAUCUCUUGGAGGACUUCAAGCAAUUUCUCCCUGAGUCAGCUGCCCAGCAUAGAGCUCAGCAACAAGCUGCAAGGCAUUCUACAGAGGAUGCUGUGAUGUUGAACAGCGUGCGUGAGCCGGCAUACAAUCAAGCACCGAACCACCAGCAGACUCCACGGGCAGACGCCUCCCGACUACCCCCAAUGGGCAACUUUGCGCCUACUCCGACCGCAAAUCGUGACAACAAGCGAAAGCGUGGUGAAAGGCAAAGUGCCGUUGCUGCAACAGCUGCCAUGCCAACACCUAUGACGCAAGACGUUUCCAACUCCAGUAUGAGAAGUACUUACGGCCAGGGCAAUAUUAAUAAGCGCGCAAAAACUGGCCAUGCUUCUAGGCAGCCCUUAGUGCCGGAAGGUCCCCCAGUGUCACCAACUCUUACCCCAGCCUUACCAGGACCUCUUCCACCAACGACUACGACCACGCCAAACCAAGACGAGCUUGCUUUCUUCGACCGCGUCAAGAAGUACAUUGGAAACAAGAGCACCAUGAAUGAGUUUCUCAAGCUGUGCAAUUUAUUCUCGCAAGAUCUGAUCGAUAGACAGUUGUUAGUCUAUCGUGCGCAGUCGUAUAUUGGAGGCAAUCUAGAAUUGUACACUUGGUUCAAGAAGUUCCUGGGUGAUGGCGAGGAACAAUCCUGUCACAUUCGGCCCAAGACUGUGAAUUCACGUGUUUCACUGUCCAACUGUCGGAGCCUUGGCCCGAGCUACCGUUUGCUACCAAAGCGCGAACGAGAGCGUCAAUGUAGUGGACGCGACGAACUCUGUCGCUCUGUCUUGAAUGAUGAGUGGGCCUCUCACCCAACGUGGGCUUCAGAGGACUCCGGCUUCGUCGCGCAUCGCAAGAAUCAAUAUGAAGAAGGGCUUCAUCGUAUUGAAGAGGAACGACACGACUAUGACUUUAACAUUGAGGCAUGCACUCGUACCAUUCAACAGCUUGAGCCCAUCGCGGGCCAGCUUCUCACGAUGAAAAGCGAGGACAGAGUCAAUUUCCAGCUUCCACCAGCCCUCGGCGGACAGAGCGAAACCAUCUACAAGCGUGUCAUCAUGAAGAUCUACGGUCGCGAGAAGGGCCGAGACGUCAUCACUGAGCUUUUCCAGAUGCCAUGGAAUGUCAUUCCUGUCUUGCUCAAUCGCCUGAAGUCAAGGCUUGAAGAAUGGAAAGCCGCUCAGCGUGAGUGGGAGAAAGUUUGGCGCGAGCAAACCCAGAAGAUAUUCUGGAAGUCACUCGACCACCAGAGCUUGCUCACCAAGCAGGCGGACAAAAGACAAUUCCAGCAGAGAUCCCUUCAGAACGAGAUUCAGGUUCGCUACGAGGAGAUGAAGCGCAAGUCCGAAAUCAACGAGGAACCCCAACCUGAGUGGCUGUUCGAGUUCUCCUUCAAGGAUGAAGACGUCCUGUAUGACGCUACCCGACUUGUCAUCGCAAGCGCGGAGAACACUAAUAACAUUGAUCUGAUCCGGGUCCUCGCGUUCAUCAAAGAAUUUGUCCCGCUCUUCUUCGGCAUCGACGCUACCAAAUUCGAGCAGAAGAUGCAAAGCUUUGGCCAUGAGUCUUCCGCUAAUGAGUCCGCUGAAGACACUCCUAGUCCAGAUGGAGACCACUCUCACAAGUCGCAGAAGCUCAAGAAGGGCGAUCUUCGUCGUGGCGUUCUUGAUCCUCGCGGCAAGUCACGAAAGGACAAGGAAGACAGUGUUGCAUCUGGAAGCCGAGACAGCACCCCAGAUGUUACUUCUGCAGUUGAGGACGAACCAAUGACAGACAAUUCCAGGCUGGUUUUGAAGGGCGAACGGGCCUCUUCGCAAUGGGUUGAGUAUGCUGACCAACCAACGCUUUAUGAAGACUGCGAAUUCGAGCCAGAGGAGCCGUAUCGACGCAGCGUCUACAACAUGUAUGCCAACGCGCCUCUUUACUGCAUGUUCCGCUCAUUCGUAGUCCUCUACGAGAGAUUGUUAAAGCUCAAGGAAUAUGAAAGCCACGUGCGCGAAACUGUAGCACGGGCCAAAGAGCACAAACCUGCGCAUGAACUUAAGAUGAUCGACAAGGUUCCCUCCGAUUUCUUCAAGGACACCUCUGAAUCCGCCAACUACUACCAGCAAGUUCUCGAGAUGUUCCAAGAUCAAUUGAUGGGAGAGGUGGACUUGGGUCACAUCGAAGAAACCCUCCGACGAUACUACUUGCAAGUGGGAUGGCAAUUAUACACGUUUGACAGGCUUCUCUCUGCGGUUGUGCGAUUUGUUGUUUUGAUCACCACCAACGACAACAAAGAGAAGACCAACGAAAUCUACAAUCUCUUCAAAAAGGACCGAGUGAAUGAGAGCACCACUCACAAGGCAGAGAUUACUUACCGGCAAGCAGUGGAGAGACACGCAAAGGAUGCCGAUACCUACAAGAUCGCCUACGAUCCUUUCAAGGGGCAAGCCUACGUCCGCCUGUUCAAGAAGGAUGAUCCUACGUUUGAUUUUCGCACCCAAGACCGCGUCAAACGUUGGCGAGGCUACGUCGCCGCCUACAUGGCCGUUGAACCCACCGAAGAAGUCGACGUUAGCCGCGUCAGACUACCAUAUCUUAGGAACCGACACCUAACCAGGAACGAAGAAGCUGAGGAUGAACGCUUCAGCACCCUUGCCAUACUGGAGGACAAGGUCAAAGUCUCGAUCAGCCCAGCGGCAUAUACUAUGAAGUUCGAGACAGGUGAUGACGCCAAAGGGGGCCAGUAUUUCGUUCAAAAGGAUGCCGUUCGAUCUGGUGUUAGCGAAGAUGUACCCAAACCGAUCGAUGAAUACAAUCGCUUUAGGUUGUCGAGAGGCGAUCUCGCGAAGGAGAAGCUGGUCAACAACAAUAUCGGAUGGAAGGACAUGAAGAUUGAUGAUGUCGACGCCAAGAAAAAGGAGUGGAGGUUAAUCCAUACCCGGGAGUAUCCCAAGAAUGAGGAUGAGGAUGAAGAUAUGGAAAUUUGAUGCACAACGGAUAUAGAACCUACGGUGGAUAUCACGCCAACACAUAUCUUCAGCAUCCCUAGUUGACUUUCAUCCCCCUACAGUUUCUUUGGAACGGCGUUUUGGUGAGUAGAAUCAUGGUCACAUAGCAGCUGCUAGGUUGGAUGUCACAUAGGGCUUAUUGGUUCUGGAUGUCUAUCUACGGUCUGCAUUUCGCUUUUUCUUCUAUAAUGCAUCGGCAGAGCAAGGAAUGGAAAUUUGACUUGCAUUUUCUUUGAUGGAGUUUUAGGAGAUUGGGUGGAGCAGAGGUGGUUAGGUCGGUUGUAAUACAGAUACACCACUCUUCACUUUGUCCUGUAACCCAG